AUGGGUAAAAGUAAGAAACAGACGACAAAAGUUCGUGCAACUGAAGCUCCAUAUCUCACAGAUUCCGCCGUUACGAGAACACAGUCAAAUUGGUUUACCGAACCAAUGAGCCGUGAACACCUUAAACAUUGCAAUAAUAUCAUCAGAGAAUUAAAGCACCAUUCUAAUGCAGCACCAUUUCUUGAACCAGUGGAUCCUGUGAAAUAUGGAAUCCCCGAUUAUUUUGACAUUAUUAAAAAGCCAAUGGAUCUUGGCACGGUUGAUGCUAAACUCAACAACGUUGAAUAUGAAAACGUUGAUGCAUUUGUGGCCGACAUCCGGCUAAUUUUUUCAAAUUGUAUUCUAUAUAACGGCCCAGUGCAUCAAUAUGCGAUUUUUGCUAAGGAGCUAGAUAGUUUUUUUACGAAUCUCCUCAAUAAUCUACCUAGUUCUACCGAAGCCUCUAAACGCCCCAAACGAACGAUCAAAGCACCUGCCAAAGAACUUCCAGAUACGCCAGCAAUACGUCGUAAAAAAAGUAAAAAGAACAUUGAACUUAAUUUUUGUCGACAAGUUAUUCGCGAAUUGCGAAAGAGGACACAUUGGCAUUAUGCCUAUCCAUUUUAUGAACCUGUCGACGCGGAAAAAUUGGGUGUCCCUGAUUAUUAUAAGAUUAUUUCAAAUCCUAUGGAUCUAUCUACAAUUAAUUCAAAGUUGGAAAAUGAUCAGUAUACAAGUGCGGAAGAAUUCGAGUCUGACAUUCGCUUGAUGUUCCAGAAUUGUUACACCUACAAUGGCGUUGGUAGCGAGGUACAUAACAUGGGCAAAAUGUUGGAGGAGGUAUUUAAUAAAAAAUGGGCUGAGAAGCCUACCGCUCAGGCUCGUUCAAUGACAAAGACCGAUGAUAUGAAGGAUUCAGAGAGUGAAUCAGAAGCGGACGAAAGUGAUCAUUUGAAAGCAUUACAGAAGCAUUUGGCCGCGUUAUCGAGUCAAAUUUCGCAAAUGAGGAAACCGACUAAGACAAAGGCGAAGAAAGCCACCAAAGUUUCAAAGAUUAAUUCAAGCAAGACCGUCGAGACUAAGAUGUCAAACGAUGGUGAGAAGAAGUCGCUGAAACGACCCAGGCCCGCUACCAAGUAUGAUGACGAUGUACCUUUGACGGCAGAUCAAAAAUCAGACCUCAGUCAAAAGAUUGAUCUACUUUCUACAGAGAAGAUGAAUGAGUUAAUUAAUCUCAUUGAAUCAAGUGGUGCCCCGAUGGAGAGAGGAAAUGGUGGUUACGAACUUGAAAUAGAGUCGCUCGAUUAUAAAACAGCCAGAAUGAUGUAUGAAUUUGUUUUAAGGCACACAUCGUCCAAUCAAAUCAAGGAGAAAAAGAAAUCACCUUCGAAAAGAUCUCGUUCGAAUGCUAAUGAUGAAGAAGAAGAGAAUCAAAUCCGGGCACUAGAAAGAACGUUGGCUAAAUUUGAUCAUAAAUCACCAACACUUUCUACUCAAGUCAAUGGGAGCCAUUAUAGUUCAGAAGAAGAUUCGACGGACAGUCAAAGUUCUGAUUCAUCUGGUUCAGAGUCUGAAGAUUCAGGUAGUGAAACUGUUUAG